CUAAUAAAUAAACAAGGUAUCCUCACAGUUUAUACACUUGUAAACUUAGGAUUUAAAUUUUAUUACAAAAUGAAGAAAUUAUUAGUUGACAUUUUAGUGGACUAUGGUUAACUUAUCAUUUCAGACUUGGGAAGAUCAUAUGGAGCGGUACACUAUGCACGACCUGGUGCAUGAUCUGGUAGCAUUGAUCAUGGGUGAUGAGUUAAUUGUUUCUUAUGUUGCAUCAAAGAAUAAUAAAGCACAUAGCCAGAAAUAUUGUCGCUAUGCAUCGGUUACCAAAUAUGACCACACAACAAGGUUAUCCAAUGUUUUACCCUCAAAGGUGAGGGCACUUCAUUUCUCAGAUAGCGGCAAGCUGGAUCUCUCAUGUGAGGCAUUUUCGUUUGCAAAGUGCUUGCAUAUUUUGGAUUUUAGUGGAUGCUCUGGUUUACUGUUGCCAGCCUCUAUUGGGCAACUGAAGCAGCUGAAGUACCUUACUGCUCCACGAAUGCAAAAUGAAGUUCUUCCAGAGUUUAUGACUGAGCUACCAAAACUGCAGUACCUGAACCUCAAUGGAUCUUCUAACAUUUCCGGACUACCAGAAUCAAUGGGCAAGCUCGGGUCACUGAGAUAUCUGGGUUUGUCAGGUUGUUCUGGCAUAUCAAAACUGCCAGGAUCAUUUGGUGAUUUAAAAUGUAUGAUGCAUCUUGACAUGUCAGGUUGUUCUGGGAUAAGUGAACUACCAAAUUUACUUGGUAAUCUCACAAAUUUGCAUCAUCUUGAUUUAUCUGAAUGUUCCAAUCUCAAGGCAAUACCUGAAUCUUUGUGUGGCCUCAUGCAUCUCCAGUAUUUGAACUUAUCAUCUUGUCGUUCUAUCACACGGUUACCCAUGGGAAUUGGGGGAGUGGUGCAUUUAAGCACUCUGGACAUUAGAGUGACUAAUGUCAGAGAGGUACCCUGGAGAAUUCAAGGCAAUACUCUGGUGCUUGUUGAUGACUUUUAUUCUGAUAAAAUGGUGAAGUUGGCAGAGGGGGUUAUCUCCUCUUCUGGAGCAAAUUGCAAGGGGGCCCUAUUCAUCGUGUUCGUCGACCCUUUCAACCCGAGGUAUCAACCUCUACAAGUUCCGCUGCUUAGAGUUGACGGGAGACACAUGAAAGUACCGCAGUGGGUCAAGCAAGGCUUUUUCAAUGUCUGCACUUUAGAUAUCAGGCUCUGCAAACUGGUGCACGAAGACCUCGAGUUUCUGAAGACGCAGAUGCCCAACCUGCAGGCCCUCCAACUAAGGUUCGAGGUCCUCCCACGGGAGCCGGUUGCCUUCACUGGUGGAGGGUUCAAGAAGCUAGAGACGUUCUGCGUCGAUUGCCGUCUGCCACGGCUGACCUUCAAGCGUGAAGCCAUGCCAAAGCUGAAGCAUCUUGAGUUCAAGUUCUACACAAGCACAGCAAGUCAAGACUACUACAUGGGCAUCAAGCAUCUCGACAGUCUUGAGAAGGUCGUGUUCCGAUGCUCCAAGAACUAUACAAUUGACGGUCGGGGCAUCCGCGAGACAAUUGAUGUACUGAGCAAAGAAGCCGUGGAGCACCCAAACGAGAUCACCCUUUGGGUCAAUGACAUGAAACCUGAGGUUUUCGGCAGCGGCGCAACAUUAUCUGCAUGGCCGCAAUGUGCGAAUCCUCUCUCUGUUGGAGGGAUUGGACGGAUGCUGCCGAUGAGAACGAGGAGUUGAAACGGGCCAAAAUAAGUUCUCCACCUGAGUGAACAGGGCCGCCCGCCAGUCCAAGAAUGAAACUCUCUCUGCACCGGGAUCGCAGAAGAAGAUGUGUUGUGUCUCGAACUCUGGCGAGGUCAAGACACAUUGAGUCUGGAAUGAACAAACUCUUUAGCUUCGGUCAGAUUCGCUCCACCAGUUGUCUCUUCAUUCAAUAGUGAAUGUGAAAAAUUAUACCAAGGUAGGGUUCGUCUUUUAUAGUGCCCCGAGGAUCAGUCACAUUAUACAUUUGCCCCUACUCAACUACUGCAUUCUCAGAAUAUGCUUUACACAAAGGUUG